GCGCCCCACCUCGUGGUCCUCGCCGGGGCGGAGCCCUCGGCCGUCGGAGCGCACUGGGCGAGCGGCGAGCGUGGUGGUUACUCUGGUUACUGCCGAAGCGCCGGGUCGGGGAGGGCAGCGGCUUCCCGCGAGGAGGCCGUCAGGGGUCGCCGCCCUCUGAGGAAGCUCCCUGGAGACCGCCGUUCACCGGCUGGGAAACGGAGGCACGGACUGGAAGGUUCGGGGGCUGGUGACUCGGAGCUUUUGCGGAGCGGCCGCGCUUGUGUGCGCGGGGGCCGCAGUCUCGAGUCCGAGGCAGUCCCGGCGCGGGGCGGCAUCUCUCCGCGCUCCCGUCCCGGCCAAGCCACGCCCAGACGUUUCUUUCAUAGCCCCAUCCGCUUCUGAAAGGACACCUGCUGCAGGUGAGCGAGGACAGUUUUACUGCACGGCGAGCCCACAUCACUCUUAGGGACGCCACCAGCAGCAACCCAGGAGAAGCCCGUCCAGACGAAAUAAGUGGGAGUGCUGGAAAGAGGAGAGUCUGGUCGGGAGCUGUUGGAGCCGGCGAUUUUUUCAUACUGCUUUCUAAGUCCGGACACCUUUCCCCUCUUUCCAUACUUCUAUACCAACUUGAUAGGUUUUGUAGAUUCCUCUGAUUUGAAUUGUAAUCCUGUGGCGGUGUUUGCUGGAGUUUGGCCGGUUCCUCGUGCUCCUUUUGGUGACACAUUUUGGGGAGAACCUCGAGUCACCAAAAGCCUACAGAGAAAAAGAGGAUCUCAGCUUUGACCCGGGGACACCGGAGGAGCCUUUGUACCAUGUGGACUUUCUUGGGCAUUGCCACUUUCACGUAUUUUUACAAGAAAUGCGGAGACUUCGUCUUUUUUGCCAACAAGGAGCUGUUGCUGUGCGUGCUGGUGUUCCUGUCCCUGGGCCUGGUGCUCUCCUACCGCUGUCGCUACCGGAGCGGGGCCCUCCUGGGGCGCCAGCAGAGCGGCUCCCAGUUCGCGCUCUUCUCGGAUAUUCUGUCGGCCUUGCCUUUCAUUGGCUUCUUCUGGGCCAAGUCGCCCUCGGGAUCAGAAAAUAAAGAGCAGCUUGGGUCUAGGAGGCACAAAAAAGGAACCAGUGUUUCAGAAACAACCUUAAUAGGAGCAGCUGCCUCUUCAGUAUCUUUUCAAAAUGAUCCAGAAGUUAUCAUUGUGGGAUCUGGUGUAGUUGGCUCUGCUUUGGCGGCCAUGCUUUCCAGAGAUGGAAGAAAGGUGACAGUAAUUGAGAGAGAUUUAAAAGAGCCCGACAGGAUAGUUGGAGAAUUUCUGCAACCGGGUGGUUAUCAUGUCCUUAAAGACCUUGGUCUUGAAGAUGCAGUGGAAGGUAUUGAUGCCCAGGUGGUAGAUGGCUACAUAAUUCAUGAUCAGGAAAGCAAAUCAGAGGUUCAAAUUCCUUACCCUCUGUCCGAAAACAGUCAAGUGCGGAGUGGAAGAGCUUUCCAUCACGGAAGAUUCAUUAUGGGUCUGCGGAAAGCAGCUAUGGCAGAGCCGAAUACAAAGUUUAUUGAAGGCAUCGUGCUACAGUUACUAGAAGAAGAUGAUGCUGUGAUAGGAGUUCAGUACAGGGAUAAAGAAACUGGGGACAUCAAGGAACUCCACGCUCCAUUGACUAUUGUUGCAGAUGGACUUUUUUCCAAGUUCAGGAAAAACCUGAUCUCUAAUAAAGUUUCAGUUUCAUCUCAUUUUGUUGGCUUUCUAAUGAAGAAUGCACCACAGUUUAAAGCAAAUCAUGCUGAACUUAUUUUGGCUAAUCCAAGUCCAGUUCUUAUCUACCAGAUUUCAUCUGAUGAAACUCGAGUACUUGUUGACAUUCGAGGAGAAAUGCCCAGAAACCUAAGAGAACACAUGGCUGAAAAAAUUUACCCACAAUUACCUGACCACCUCAAAGACCCGUUCCUGGAAGCCACUCAGAAUUCCCGUUUGAGAUCUAUGCCGGCAAGCUUUCUUCCCUCCUCACCAGUAAACAAGCGAGGUGUUCUUAUUUUGGGAGAUGCAUAUAAUAUGAGGCAUCCUCUUACUGGAGGAGGAAUGACUGUUGUUUUUAAAGAUCUGAAACUAUGGAGAAAGUUGCUAAAGGGUAUCCCUGACCUUUAUGAUGAUGCAGCUGUUUUCCAGGCCAAAAAAUCAUUCUAUUGGGCGAGAAAAACAUCUCACUCCUUUGUUGUGAAUAUCCUUGCUCAGGCUCUUUAUGAAUUAUUUUCUGCCACAGAUGAUUCCCUACAUCAACUCAGGAAAGCCUGUUUUCUUUAUUUCAAACUUGGUGGAGAAUGUGUUGCUGGUCCUGUUGGGCUGCUUUCUGUCCUGUCUCCUAACCCUUUCAUUUUAAUUGGACACUUCUUUGCUGUGGCGAUCUAUGCCACAUAUUUCUGCUUUAAAUCGGAACCUUGGAUUACAAAACCCCGAGCCAUUUUCAGAAGUGGUGCUGUAUUGUACAAAGCAUGUUCUGUAAUAUUUCCUCUGAUUUACUCGGAAAUUAAGUACCUGGUCCAUUAAACUUACAGGGGAGCCAUUUGCAAACGACUAUUUGGAACUCACCAAGUCCUAAGAAACUUUUUUGGAAGAAGACGUACAUAGCAUAGAACUAUCCCACUUCUAAAGUGGAAACUCUUGGACCAAGAUUGGGGUUAAUUCGUUUUUGAAGUUAUUUGUAUAUAAACAUGUAAAUACAUACUUUGCAAUUUAAAAUGAAGGGUAAAAUAGACAUUUAAAAGAAAUGAUUGUUAUCUUAAAUUACUGCUAACACUGAAGAACUGCAGUUUUUCUUUUGAAUUCAGUAGCUGGGAGGAGUCAUUGUGGGACAUGCAAAUAAAGUGGAGAAUGAA